AUGGUGAAGUUGUGCCAAGUCGGUGAACUUAGUGCUAAAUUUGACUGUGUGGGCAGUCGCUGGCGACGACCAGGGUUAGCAGUAAGAGAGCUGAAACUUCAAGAAGAGGUGGCCGUGAGAGGUCCCGUUGGUGCGUUGCAGGGUGCUGGAUGUGUAGCGAUGGGUCGUACGCAGUCGUUUAUCCACUUGAAGCCAGCCAACGUCGCGGCGAGAGCAGCGCUGGCGGACAAGUCGCUAAUGCUGAGAGUUCACCUCAGGAAGUUUCCUAGUGUGAUCGGUCACAGCUCGAAUCGGAUCAGCAGACGGUAUAACGAGGACACGUACUCGAUCAACAUGUUGAAACUGCCCUCUUUGGCGGAGGAGAUGGCGCUGGCGAGACAGGAAGGGCUGAUCGGCGAGUGGAAAAAGUCAGUUCUGAACAUCUCGAUCUUCGAUGGCCACGGUGGCGAGGGCAGAGUGUCAAGGCUGCUUGCUGACAAUCUGCAUCAGGCGAUCGUAGAAGCGGCGCCGUCACAGGAGCGCCUGUUCGAGCUGUUGCGGCAGUACAGAGAGCUGAUCGGAGGAGAGUACUGGGAAAAGGUGUACGAGAACCGGGAAGCGUUUUACCAGAAGUUCAUCAGGAAUUGCAACACUAAGCAGGAGCAGGUUCUCUACAAAUCCGGGAACUCGGGACCCAGGAUGAUCUUCGACAAAUGGGGCAACGUCAUCGAUAAGAGGAGCUUGUUGCACGAGCACGAGCGACUGCGACUGUAUUAUUCGUAUCUUAAGUUUGAUCUGGAGUGCUGCUGCGGGUACAGCGAAAGGGAAUUGCCUCUAGAGACCAGGCUGAAGAAGUUUCCGGGCGGCUCUACAGCCUCUUCGGUAUUCGUUUCACCCUACGAGGAACAUCUGUCCUUUGACGAGUCCUUCUUCGUUGCACCAAGCGGUCUGCUGAAACUUGUCGUGACCCAGGUCGGCGAUACGAAGAUUAUACUGUGCGACCAGAAUGGGAUAGCUCACAGCCUAACCAAAGUGCACCACGCUUCGUCGUCAAGAGAGAGCGAGCGGAUCAAGUCGAAUUCCUCAUUCCAGAGGGACUCGUUUGGCGACACUCGGUUUCUGAACAGCUUUGCUAACACCAGGUCCUUCGGGGAUCUGGUGGGAAAGGCGGAAGGGCUGACCAGCGAACCGGACAUCUACUCCUACCUGAUCGGUAGCACGCUGGAUCUCCCUCAUUCGGAGCGCUCCAAGUUACAGUUUGGCGGCGACGAGUGCUUCGUCUGUCUAAUCACCGACGGGGUCUCUGAUGUCAUGUCCGACCAGGAGCUUGCCGAUCUGAUAACCUCGACGGUCAACCUGCGAGGGCUGAAGGUCGCCUCGCCGCAGUUCGUCGCAGACGAAGUGAUCAAAUACAUCAUGGCUGUCGGAGACAGACACGCAGACAACGCUACCUGCGUCAUCCUGAGACUGCCUAACUGGGGAAACUGGCCUAAUGUGGACCGCACUGGUGCGGCCAGGGAGGCCAAAUUGCUAGAUGCCUCUCAUGGCGAUAGAACAGACGAUUAG